AUGAAUCACACAUACAUGAACACGGGAGUGCCCAAGCAUCAGAAUGGCCCUGCCAAGGCGGUGGACAUGGAUAUGGACUUCGUAACGGAUGCAAACGUUUAUUACAACCUGCCCCCUCCCUUGCCAUCGGCGAAUUUUCGGGGCACGUCACUUCCUCGUGGUCACCAUUCCCCACAGCAUCAGCAGAUGAACAGGGCAUCUUCCUCUUGCCCCGCCUCACCCAAGCUUCCCUCUGCUGCCUCCUCUCCUCGGAAAGGUGGCCUGCCCCUGUCACGACCGCCCUGUGCCAGUGACAAGGGAAGUAAACCUUCCCUGCCGCCCGCCGUGCCAGAACGGGGCGACCCGAAGCCGAAACACGAGAAGCUGUCGCACACUCGUUCCUUCGACUUGGAUCACAUCUACCAGAACCUUUGCACGGCAGUCAAGGGCGCCUCCAAACCGCGGAGCAAUUCCUUCAGCAUCCCUUGCGGCAAACCCCAGCCCCUGGCCAGCCCAAGUGUCACGUCCAGCACCAGCAACAGCGCGCAGAACGGGAGCCCGAGAUCGCUGCCCGACACCCGCGGGAGCAGAGCCAGCCUGAGGUGUGUCCCAGUGUGACCUAUAUCAAGAGGGACCUGCCCGUGCCCCGCUUGCCUGCAGCCGACGCGAGCGCAGAGCAGGACGAGGAGCAGACCAGUUACAACACCACGGCCACCCUGCCCCUCCGCGCCGCCAAGGGACCCAAAAAGGACGGCGGCAACAAGCAGCAGACAGCAAAUUUCGACUUGACGGCCAAUCUAGAAGAAUGGCGACAGAAAGUAAGAUGGUUGGAGAGGAAACGCAGAUCGAAGGACAUUCGAAUUACAGGAGAGAACAACGGAAUCGACAUCGCUAUCCUGUACGCGUCGGACGGUGCGGUCUGGAAGGACUACCUGCACAGCACCUUCACGCAAUGCCGCAGGGGGUACAAGGACUUCGGCGGCAUCUGGAUAAAAACUGUGAACGUGGAGGAAAUCAAAGAGGACGUCGAACUGCUCCAGAGAAUGACACUGAAGAGCGCAAAGCUACAGAUUGUAAUACUCUCACCGCACUUUAUGGAGCACAUUGCCAACCAUGCAAGAAGUGAACUUGGACAUGUGUUUAAGCCAAAGAAGGUGUUAUGUUUACUGCUGAAUGUGGAUAAGAGCAGUUUUACACCUGCACAUCUUUCCGUAUAUGCCAGGCCCUGCCUGACUUAA